GCGAGCUGGGGUCUCGUGGGAAGGUUGCCUCGCGAUCUUCAGGACUCCGCCUUGUUGCAAGUGCAAGGCGCAAUUUUGAGACGUGGGUAAUGUUGCCAAACCGAUUUCCUGUUUAGCAUUGUUCGCAAAGCCGAGCCGUGAAGGAAUCGUUUGAUCUGAACCUGAUUACGGCGAUGGCAACCACGGCGGUGCGGUGUGUAGCUGCUGGCGCUAGCGCACAGGCAUUGCGGCAAACUGGUGGCUAUGGUGGGGGAGUUGGCCCAGGGAGGACCAGUAAGGUGCAGAUGGCGAGUAGUGUCAUGGGGACGAAGCUGGAGGUCAGAGGUAGCGGCUCCCUCAAGAGUGCGGUCUCGCACAGGCAUUCGUUUCUCGUGAAGGCCAGCGCGACGGAGGCGCCCGCCGCUCAGGUGGAGCUCAGUGCCGAACAGGAGGAGCUUUUGCAGCGGCGGAAAGCCAUCAUGGAGGCCGAGCAGCAAUCCUCGGGGUUCGUGGUCACGGAAGUGGAGACCACGGAGCCCCAGAACUGGUAUAGUGCGAAGGUGAUGGGCGUCUCUGACGUCGCCGCGGGGGUUCGUUGCAUCACCCUCAUGACCGAAGUCUCCCGCGAGCUUGUGCCGUUGGAGAAUGCCUACGUGAAGCCUGGGAACAUUGCCCAAAUUCGACUGGACGGCAAGGAGCUAACCGCCGUCCCUUCCAGCCCUCCGUUCUCCAUGAAAAUCAACAUGCCCGUUUUGUACAAGCUCCGAGGGGAUAUUCCUGCUGGAAUGAUAAAGCUGCCUCAGUUUUCACUGUCUGUGAAGGCCCCAGUUGAAAUUCAUGUAGAGGAAGCCUCAAACCCUGAGCUGUACACUGUCUCGGAGGGACAAGAGCUAGAAGUAGGACCAUAUUUGCAAACAGCAGGGCUUGACUUGAGACCCAUUUUGACGCUCUCCCGUUUUCCCACCAUUGUCUUCUUCGCAAGAGGUCGAGGUCUGGCUGUAGCACGCGCUAUUGUUGAAGCCAUAGACGGCGACGUAGGUAGCAUGAGCUUGUCAUUCCGUGAAGAAGUGCGGCUUUUCUGCUCAGCCUCGAAACCCUCCGAGCUUGCCUACCAGGAGAAGUUUGCCGACUGGGAAUCUAGGAGCGUGAAGGUGCGUGCGACAGUUGACGACGCCGCCGGAGAGGAAUGGCAAGGGGCUGUGGGCUCGUUCAGGUCCUUGUGGGACGAGGAUGACCUGGAGUACGACCCCAAUACCACAGCGGCAAUCGUAUGUGUGGAGGAGGAAUCCAGGAAAGAGCUAACAGAACUCUUGGAAGAGGCCGGCAUCCCGAAGGAGCAAAUUUUGUCCUGGAAAUUCUAGCUACACGAUUGCCUCUUGUACCUCGGUGAAUAUGUGUGCAAGCAGAGAUUUCCGUAGAGCAUUCAAAUGUGUGGCAAUCGUGAACGGUGCUGAGUUAUUGCUGCGGAAGGUCUCGAUCUAAUCUUUUCGAAAGCUUAGACAGUUUUGCCUGAUGGACGGAGAGAGAGAGAUGAAGAGAGACAGUAUGAAGGAAUUGGAGGGUAAUCUCUCCGCCGCUUUCAGAGUUGGUGCCCUCAUUGUUCAGACCAUUCUAAAGUUGUACUGCAAUUGGGACAGUGCUUGUGAAGGGCUCUUUCACACUCAUAGGUUCAUAGUUAAUCACUAUGGUUUCUUAACUAUGUGCCAGCGUUAAUGUGCCUGUAUUGUUGUGUUUCGACGACAUUAAUCUAUCUUGAUUAGCUUUGUAUAGGAUUA